AUGGAUAAGAGUCAAAGUAAAUUCAAUUUGCUGUUGGAGAUUGUGUUACUGUUACUGACAGUUACAACAGCACCUUGUCAAACGAUUCCAACAGAAGGACUUCUAUAUCCUAGGGCAUCUGAAACGCGAAAUCUUCGAUCACUUGAUGGAAUUUGGAACUUCGUACGAUCGAAUACAAAUGAUCCAGCUGAAGGAAUCAGAGAACAAUGGUUCCUAAGAGAUUUAAGAUUGUCGAACCAAAGUGUCAUUAACAUGCCCGUUCCGGCCAGCUACAAUGAUGUAGUUGAAGACAUUGCAGUAAGGGAUCAUGUUGGUACAGUGUGGUACGAUCGACAGUUUUUCAUUCCAACGUCUUGGCAAGGAGAAAGAGUAUGGAUCCGAUUCGGUAGCGUUAAUUAUGAAGCACAAGUAUGGAUCAAUGGGGAAUUUGUUACUCAACAUACUUUCGGUCACCUUCCAUUCGAGGCUGAAAUUUCGAAUAAAGUCCUUUAUGGAAAGCAAAAUCGCAUUACCGUCCUGGUCGAUAAUACAUUGACACCGGAUUCAAUUCCACAGGGCAGAAUUGUCGAACGAGACAAUGAUGAUGGUAAGGUGACUCUCCUGGAAUACACCUUUGACUAUUUCCACUAUGCUGGCAUCCAUCGUUCGGUUCAUCUGUAUACAACACCGAGCACAUACAUUAAGGAACUGCAUGUCGAGACAAGUGUUGAUAACGACGGUCAUGGACAGGUUUAUUUUACAAUUUUACCAAACGAAAAUCCGUCAACUCUGUCUGCAAACGUAACCAUUUACGACAAGAAAAUGAAUGCGAUCGUUUCGCAGUCUGUUAAUAGUGUCAUGACUGGUGAAUUGACUAUAAAUCGUGUGAAUAAAUGGUGGCCAUACCUAAUGAACCCAGACCCGGGAUAUCUGUACACAAUUGAAGUGAAACUUUCAACUCAAACGCGCCAGAACGUCGAUAUUUAUCGUAUGAAGUUCGGGGUUCGAACACUGCGUUGGACUGACACUGCAUUCCUAAUCAACGAUAAACCAGUUUAUUUUCGAGGAUUGGGGAAGCAUGAAGAUUCUGAUAUACGUGGUAAGGGCUUAGACUUGGCUCUCCUUACAAGAGACUUUAACUUAUUGCGAUGGAUUGGCGCAAAUGCAUACCGCACAAGUCACUAUCCAUAUUCGGAGGAGUCGAUGCAAUUUGCUGAUGAGCAUGGAAUUAUGAUCAUUGACGAAUGCGCUUUGAGUCAAACUAACGUUGCCAUUGAAAGCUAUACCGAAGAAUUACUUCAAAAUCAUAAAGCCAAUAUGGAAGAGUUGAUUCACCGUGACCGCAACCAUCCCAGUGUCAUAAUGUGGUCGAUUGCAAACGAACCUAGAUCUGAUGUUAGCAAUGCAUAUUGGUAUUUCGGCGAAGUAGCAAGCUAUACGAAACAGCUCGACCCAACUCGUCCAAUCACGGCUGCAGCUGCAAUCGAUCAUCCUAUUGUUGGCGAUGGUGCAGCACCUCAUUUGGAUAUUGUUAGUUUCAAUCGAUACAACGCUUGGUACAUCGAUGUGGGACGUUUAGACACGAUAACAAAUAGAAUUGUGGAAGAUGCCCGCGAAUAUCAUGCUGCCUACGCGAAACCUGUGAUAUUACAAGAAUAUGGAGCCGAUACUCUCGAAGGCCUCCAUCUGUUGCCAGUUGCUGUGUGGUCGGAAGAAUUUCAAACUCAAUCGCUUUCAAAGUAUUUCGAAGCUUUCGAUAGACUGAGAAACGAGGGAUUUUUCAUCGGCGAAUUUAUUUGGAAUUUUGCUGAUUUCAAGACGUUUCAGAGUAUUACGCGAGUGGGUGGCAACAAAAAAGGUGUAUUCACUCGAAAUCGACAGCCGAAGGCAGCGGCUCACUUGCUCAGAAAACGCUAUUUUCAACUAGCAUUAGAAAUUGACAACUACCGUAAUGUGCCCGACGACAUUUAUGAAUAUACCAAUCAAAGACAAAUUAAUAUUUUGAAAGAAGAGCUGUAAACUAGACUAUAAGUUAGAAUUAGAUAUUUGUCCCAUUAAAUCUAGUGUGGGUUACACUAACAUGU